GUCGGCUCAGUGAGGCGAGUUUAGUGAUCCUAAUAAAGAGUCGCCCUAUGAAGCUGCUCAUGAGAUGAGAGUGUGGACAUGUUGUGUGGAGAAUGCUGCGCCUGUGGUUUAAGCGUGUGCAGGCUGUCGUUAUCCAGCAGCUUAUCCCCGCCAGGGGCUACCUCCUCACCACUUGUCUUAGGAAACAAGCCGACCUUAAACUUGCUCGGAGCCCAAGGAAAUCUAUCCAUGUGCCGGGGGAGCCCAUCCGCAGGCACUUUAAGAAGGGUCUCCUCACAGCCUUGGAUCAUGGCUCCCUGCAGCCGGUAACUAUGACAGAAAUCCGCCAGUACCUUCGUUCCAAGAAUGUGUCCUUCCACGAUGGUUACAGCUGCCUGCACGUCCCCAGCCCCUUCACCCCCGAGCAGGACACAUGCCUGUUUAUUGACAAGACCACCGGGCGCUUCCUGUGCAAGGCCACUCUGCUGGAGGGCAGCUGGGAAGACUUCCAGGACAGCAUGGAGCUGCUGCACAAAGAAGGCUGCUCCCACCUGAGCCCAGAGAUCCUGGCUGGGUACCUGGUGGACAGCGACUCGGACUCUGCGGAGGAUCAGCUGAAGGACAGCGAGGUGCGCAGGAUCUGGGACAGGGCCGUGUGGUUCUCUGAUUUGGGGGAAGAAGAGUCCCACCAAAUCAAGGCCAUGUUCAACAUUACAAAGAUUGCCAACAAUACCCUUAAGAAGUUUGGGGUGAAGUGUUUCCAGCCUACAAAAAGCCUGGUGUUCCCGUGGUAUAACCCCAGGGAUUCCAGCCUGAAUGGCCUAAAGUUACUGUCUGCAGAAUGCAACAAGCAGAAGGUCCAUUACGUUGAAACAACCUACCCCAGGCCUGCCCGUUACUACAACCUCUUUGGACUCUGUGUCUCGGGAAAGAAGGAGACUGAGGUGGUGAUCACUAGCCGUGAAGUAGACUGUUUAGCCAUUCACCAAUCCACUGGAGUCACCACCAUAGCAUUGCCCAGGGGAGCCUCUUGCCUCCCCCCUGUCCUCUUGCCCUACCUGGAGCAAUUUAAGCGCAUCGUUCUGUGGCUAGGGGACGACCUGCGCUCCUGGGAAGCCUCCAAAUUAUUUGCUAGGAAAUUAAACAUGAAGAGAUGUUCCCUGAUCCGCCCCGGGGACAAGCAGCCUAGUCCUCUGCACGCCUUUAAUGAUGGCUUGAAUAUCGGUAAAAUCCUUAAGGCCUCUCUCCCUGCCAGCCACAAAUCUAUCAUCUCUUUCCGCCAACUCCGAGAGGAGGUAUUUGGGCAACUGGAGAAUGCGGAUCAGGUUGCAGGAGUAAAAUGGAAUCGGUUCCCCGAACUAAAUAAACUUCUUAAGGGACACCGCAGAGGGGAACUCACUGUAUUUACAGGCCCAACUGGUAGUGGAAAAACAACGUUCAUCAGCGAGUAUGCUCUGGAUCUGUGCAUCCAAGGGAUUAACACCUUGUGGGGAAGUUUUGAACUGAACAAUGUGCGUCUGGCCAAGAUCAUGCUGACCCAGUUUGCUCUGCAGCGCUUAGAGGAGCAGCUGGACAAAUACGACGAGUGGGCAGACAAAUUUGAGGACUUGCCCCUUUGCUUCAUGACUUUCCACGGACAGCAAAAUAUCAAAGCCGUCAUGGACACCAUGCAGCAUGCCGUUUACAUGUACGAUAUUACCCAUGUGAUCAUCGAUAACUUGCAGUUCAUGAUGGGACAAGAAAACAUCUACUCUGACAGAUUUGCAGCUCAGGACUACAUGGUUGGGGCGUUCAGGAAAUUUGCUACAGUUAAUAAUUGCCAUGUAACCGUAGUCAUUCACCCUCGGAAAGAAGACGAUGACAAGGAACUGCAAACCUCAUCGAUUUUUGGCUCUGCAAAAGCAAGUCAAGAAGCCGACAAUGUUCUCAUCCUCCAGGACAGAAAGCUGGUAACUGGCCAAGGCAAGAGACACCUGCAAGUGGCAAAGAACAGAUUUGAUGGGGAAGUAGGUGUAUUCUCACUGGAAUUCAACAAGCCCUGUCUUUCCUUUGCUUCCUCCAAGGGCAAGCAGAAAUUCAAGAAACUCAAUAAAGACGCUGAGACACCAAAUUCCAAAUCAUCCGAGGAAACACCAGCAAAGAAUAAGAAAUAAAAUGACGUAUUUUGUAUAUCUUCAUGUUCUUAUUGCACUUACUUUGAAGUUCAAUGGUUUUAGAGUUUUAUUCUUCAGACUUUCAUCCCAGCACUUUCCAAGCAUGUCCUGCUGUGCUCCCGCAUUUCAAUUGACCUUCCGCUGGCUGCAGAGCAGAGCCAGACACGGAGUCUCUUGGCAUUUGGGGAAGAACAUAAUACUAUAAUGUGAUAGUAUUAUAAAGCAACAUUACUCCAUAGGGGAAUAAUAAAAGGAACAGACACACUUAGCUUGCAAAAUACUUACCUUCAAAUGUGGCAAAUCAUUUUUGAGUUGAUGAGCUGAACUGUAGGUGAUCUUGAUCUUCAUUAGAAGGAAUGGGAAAGUGUUAGUGGUGUUCAGUGUACAGCAUAUUCUUCAUAAUAUAUAUACAUCCUAGGAUAUGAUACCAUGCAAUGUUUCAGUAGGAAUAUCACACUAAUACCUCUCAUGCUCUUGCUAUUUAGCUGGAAGCCUCAGUCUCCAAUCUGGAAAUGCAGAUUUUGCACUCCUCCACUAAACUCUUGUGGGUUGUGGCAUGAGCUGGGUUUAUAGCACAAAUUUGCCCACCAAUGGAAUUUUAUGACAUACAUUAACUGACAGUGUGCACCUAGUGCUGUUUUUCUGUGGUGGUUCUUACUAAGUAAGUAAAAACAGUGACUUUCCUGCUAAAAAAAGCAAUUUUCUUGAUGGAAGUUAUGCCGCUUCUAUUAUUUUCAAAUAAAAAAACGGAGGUGAGGGAAAAAGGGAACCCAAAUAGUAAAAGCGGCAGCCGCAGCACCCAAAUCAAACAUCAUAUGGUUACAUGUUGAUAACCCCCCCCCCCACACACACACACGCACGCACACUGGCCUCAACUGGGGAUAUAACAGCAUUUAUUUAUAUACUGAGCUAUACGCCUCCAUAUUCUUUUUCCCAAUGGUUUGAAUUCUGGCAUUCCAUCCUUCUGCUGCUAAACAAGUCUACUAGUCCACCAAUGAAAAAUAGGAUAUUUAUUCCUGAUUUGUGAAGUCUGUACAAAACCCCAGACUGAAAACCAAUAGAUGCAAUUGUGACCUCAUAACAAAACUCAAAUAAUUCAAUGAUCUUUAUUACAAAGUGAGGCCUUUAUAUGCUGUCAAUAACGUUCUUGUAUUACUUCCCCCUAGACUAGGGAUCUCCAGUCCAGAGUUGUUGCUGAUCCUUGCACUGUAGGAUGUUGGGAGUUGUAGUACAGUAGCAGGAGGGCCACCAAUUGAACAUUCUGAAGUGCUGAGCAGGGUCUCGCAAGCUGUAGUGUUCAGUAUGCAGGUUGCUGGACAAUACAAACCAUGUGAAGCACCAACUUUAUUUAUUCUAACUAGUGUGUUUUAUAUCCUAUUUAUAUUUCAACUGUAAUUGUUUGUGUAUUAAAAACAAAACAUUUGUUUAAAAAAA